GAUCCCUUAGCUGCUAAUAGAGACGCUCGGCCCAGUGUGUACCAUUCCCUGUCACCUGAAUCCCAGUGUGCUGCUUACUAAAGAAGUGUGUGUCCAGUCCCAGGGACAGUCUGAUCGAUGUCUCAUCUGUGUCCAUAAAGCCUCAUUCUGUAUUGUCUCGUGUGGAGCCCCAUCUCAUCCCAUCUCAUCUCAUCUGCCCGCUUCACCAUGGCCAUCUCAUCACGCCUCGCCCUGUGGGAGCAAAAGAUCAGGGAAGAAGACAAAAGCCCCCCACCCUCCUCACCACCUCCCCUUUUCUCUGUAAUUCCGGGGGGCUUCAUCAGGCAACUGGUUCGGGAAACAGAAAAGGAGUCCAAGGAAGCGAAACGGAAAAAACAGACAUUGGCCAACUCCCAAGAACAGACAGCCCCAGAAAAUAGUGACAGCUCUGUCCAUAGGAGCCAUAGACCCUCCGGGACUCAGAGUCCCCAGGGUGGCCAGCCUGAGCCAGCAUCCCCCAGCCCCAGUGUUGUUGUCGAGAACAUUCCUAAUGAGAAGGAAGGCAUGGCCAGCCCAGAGCCAGUGCUGAUGAGCAGCAUAAAUGGGGAAAACCCCCAAGGCAAGAGCACCGUGGAGUCCCCUCCCAAGAAGCCUCAGCCUCUCAAGAGGGCCAGGAAGACCAGCGAAGUCCUGCUGAUGGUGGCCAAGAUCAAUUCAGAAGUACCCAAGCCAGAGCAGAGGACUCACCCAGUUGACCUCCCGACCCAUAAGCCUCCUUCCUCUAUUCCAGAGCUGGAAGGGGAGAAGAAAGGACAACCUCCAGGGGACCCUAGUGGUCCACAGAAAGUUACUGAGGAUUCUGCCAAAAAGGUGGAGAAACUGAGGACAGUGGGUGGCCCAGACUCCACAGACAUACCUCCUAAGAAGAGCGAAAAGCCUCAGAUCAAAGUGGGCAAGUGUGGCAAGGUGCUCCAGACCAAGGGGCUAACAGGGGGUGAGCCCCAGAGCAAAGAGGACCUGGGGACCAAGGCCCAAGCCAAAGCGGGGGAGCAGGGAGGUGAGGCUGAGGUGAAAGGAAGGAAGGAGGACAAAGCCCACAUACCCCCAAUAGAGGGGGAGGGCCAACCCCACGCAAAAGGAGAGUCAGGGCAUGAGCUCCAAAGCAAGCCAGGAAGGGCAGAUCACCCUAAGGAUGCAGUGGGGACAGGGAAGGAGCCCCAAAGCAAGCCAGGAAAGGGAGAGAGAGCCCACAGCCAGAUGAAAAAGUGGGGAGAAUCCCUGAACAAAUGGAGAAAGAGGAGCGGGUCCCAGAGUCAGGUGAGGAAGGAGAGUGAGCCCCAAAGUCAGGGGGGAAAGGAAGGUGGACCCCAAAGUCAGAUAAGGAAGGAGUGUGGAUCCCAGAGUCAGGUGGGGAAGGAGGAUGAGAAGGGGAGUGGUCUCCAAAGCAAAGGGAGGAAGGAAGAGGACCCCUCCCAAAGAGAAGAAGGUGGGAGUGAAGCUCUCAAAGAAGGAAAGGAAGGCCAUGGAUCUCCCACCACAGAGAAAGUGGGAGGUGCACCUGAAAACAAGGAGGAGACCAAAGGAACCCCAGUGAAGAUGGAAGAGGAAGAGGAGAAGGAGGAUGGAGAGAGAGGCCAGAGCAUCGAUCCAGACCAGGAACUGGAGGACACAUGGUAUGAAGCUGAGAAAGUCUGGCUGGUUCAGAAAGAAGGAUUCACACUGGCUACGGUGCUGAAGCCAGAUGUGGGGACCCCAGAACUGGCUGCGGGACGAGUGAGACUUUGCAUCGAUGCAGACAAAUCCAUCACGGAGGUGGAUGAGGAGAACAUUCAUCGUGCCAACCCCCCGGAGCUGGAUCUGGCCGAGAACCUGGCCUCGCUCCAGAGCCUCAAUGAGUCCAGCAUCCUGAACACGCUUCAGCACCGUUACCAGGCCCAGCUCCCGCACACGUACACAGGACCAGACCUGAUCGUCCUGCAGCCCCAGGGUGCCCCAGCUCCUUUGUCUUGGAAGGUGCCCAAAGGAAGGAAGGAUGGCCUGGCGCCUCACAUCUGCUCCCUAGCCCAGAAGGCCUACUGGGCCAUGCUGAGCCAGCGCCAGGACCAGACUAUCGUACCCCUCGGCAGGAGCGGGGCUGGUAAAAGUACUUGCUGUGAGAGAGCCCUGGAGUACCUGGUGGGCAGCGCCGGCACUGUGGAUGGACAGGUCUCAGUGGAGAAGAUCCGUGCCACCUUCAUCAUCCUCAGGGCCUUUGGCUCGGUGCUGACCGAUCACAGCUACAGCUCCACACGCUUCUCCAUGGUCAUGUCCCUAGAUUUCAAUGCUACCGGCAGGGUCACAGCAGCUCACCUCCAGACCAUGCUCAUGGAAAGGGUUCGAGUGGCCCAGCAGCCAGAAGGGGAGGGAAACUUUGCUGUUUUCUCCCAGAUGUUGGCCGGGCUGGACCUCGAUACCAGGACAGAGCUAUACUUGCACCAGAUGGUGGACAGUCACUCCUUUGGCAUGGGCGUGUGGGCCAAGCCCGAAGAGAAGCAGAAAGCUGCAGCGGCAUUCUCUCACCUCCAAGGGGCCAUGGAGACUCUGGGCAUCUCUGUGAGUGAGCAGCGGGCCAUUUGGCGGGUGUUGGCAGCUAUUUAUCACCUUGGAGCAGCAGGAGCCUGUAAAGUUGGCAGGAAGCAAUUUAUGCGAUUUGAAUGGGCCAACUAUGCUGCCGAGGUGCUGGGCUGUGAGUACGAGGCGCUGACUACCGCUGUGUUCAAACACCAUCUCCGACAGAUAAUCCAGCAGGCAACAUCCAGGCUGAACCAACCCAACCACAAGGAGGAGCCCGAUGUGGGGCCCAAAAUGACCGGUGUGGAGUGUGUGCAGGGGAUGGCUUCAGGCCUCUAUGAAGAACUAUUCACCGUCAUUGUCUCACUUAUCAACAGGUCCUUGGCUUCCAGUCACCUCUCCAUGUUCUCCAUCAUGGUGGUGGACAACCCGGGCUUCCACAACCCCCGUCACCAGAAGAAGGAGCGGGCGGCCACAUUUGAGGAGCUUUGCCACAAUUAUGUUCAUGAACGGCUACAGACCUUGUUCUUUCGGAAGAAGUUUGAGACAGAGCUGGAUCGGUAUAGGGAGGAAAAGGUGGUGGUUCCCUUUGAUCUCCCAGAGCUCUCCCCAAGGACCACAGUGGCAAUCAUCGACCAGAAUCUCUCCCAGGUGCGUGUUCCAGUUGCGGGCCAAGCGGAGGAACCCAAAGGCCUUCUCUGGGUCCUGGAUGAGGAGGUCCGGAUCGAGGGGUCGGGUGACAAUGCUGUGAUGGAUCGCUUGUGUUUAGCCUUUGAGAAGAAGGAAGCUGGUGCUGAUGAACCACCUGCCUUCCGCAAGUGUGAGCACGGCCUGCAGUUUGAGAUCUCCCACCAGCUGGGCCGGGACCCUGUGCGCUAUGAUCUCAGCGGGUGGAUCCAGAAGGCCAAGCCCAACCUGUCGGCCCUGAACGCCAGUCAGGUGCUGCAGCAGUCUACGAGGGAGGAUCUCAGCAGCUUGUUCCAGCCUCGCUCCAGAGUGCCCCCGGUCUGCCGGGCAGUGACUGGCAUGGAGGGCUGUUCCCAGCAGGCCUUGCAUCGGGUCGGUUGUGUGAGGAAGACGUUUGCCAGUAGCAUAGCAGCCGUGAAGAGGAAGGCUGUGUGCACCCAGAUCAUCCUCCAGAUGGAUGCUUUGACCAAUGUGAUCAAAAGAUCCCAGCUGCACUUCAUCCAUUGCCUGGUCCCAACAUCAGGAUUGGAGGACAGAGGAGGGAGCACCAACCUGGAACCAGCUCACAGAGAGCACCCCGUGGACAUCUCCAUCCUGAGGGUCCAGCUUGCUGGGGCUCAGGUCCUAGAUGCCCUGAGGCUGCACCGGAUGGGUUACAUGGACCACAUGGGCUUCACUCGAUUCCGGCGGCAGUUCCAAGGUCUGGCUCCGGAGUUUAUGAAAAAGCUUUUGCUGCCCCAUGAGAGGAUGGAGGAGAGGAAGCUUAUUGAGGAACUUCUUCAAGAAUUGGACCUGGAGAAAGCAGCUGUCCAGCUCGGCAACACACAAGUGUUCCUGAAGUCAGGCGUCAUCUCCAGGCUAGAAAGGCAGCGGGAGAAGCUGGUCUCUCGGAAUAUAAUUCUCUUUCAAGCUGCCUGCAAGGGAUUCUUGUCCCGCCAGCAAUUCAAGAAAUUGAAGAUCCGGCAGCUGGCUGUCCAGUGUAUCCAGAGAAAUCUAACAGCGUUCCAGGUGGUGAAGGACUGGCCCUGGUGGCAGCUGCUGUGUCAUAUCCGGCCCCUAUUGAGUAUCACCAUCGGGGAGGACCAGCUCCGGGCAAAGGAGGAAGAGCUCACUGCCUUGAGAAAGAAACUAGAGACGUCUGAGAAGUCACGGAAUGAGCUUCGGCAGAACACAGACCUGCUGGAGAGCAAGAUCACCGACCUGACCACUGAGCUCUCUGACGAGCGCUUCAAAGGAGAGGUGGCCUGCCGGGUCCUAGAGAGCGAGCGGGCCGAGCGUCUCCGGGCCUCCAGGGAGAUCCAGGAGCUGAAGAGUAAAUACGAACAAACACAGAAGAGUUUGGGGUCAGUGGAGAAGCAGCUGGAGGAAGCCCAGCAUAAAAUUGAAUUGUGCGAAGUGGGGAAGUCUCAUUCUGGAGAAGCUGAUGACUGGCAGACACGUUUUGACUGCGCACAGACAGAAAUAGAGUUUCUCCGAAAGCGCCUCCUGAUGUGUGAGGAGAGACUAGAAUCUGAACUGAAGGCCAGAAAGGAACUAGAAGAAAAGCUUGGGGAAGCUCGGAACGCCUACGAGGAGGUCAAGAGGAGCUCUCAUCAGCUGAAGAGGAAGUGCCGCAAUCUGACCUGUGACCUUGAGGAUACCCGAGUACUGCUGGAGAACCAACAGAGCAGAAAUCAUGAACUGGAGAAGAAGCAAAAAAAGUUUGAUAUGCAGUUAACCCAGGCUAUUGGCGAAUCGUUGUUUGAAAGGGGCCUCCGGGAGAAACUGUCCCAGGAAAAUGCGAACAUCCGAUGGGAUCUUGGCAAACUUCAGAGCAAGUUAGAGGAAAGGGAGCAGGAAACUCUGGGUCUGAAACAGAAGCUUGAGAUGCUGAAGAGUCAAAACCUUGACUUAAGGCCCCUUGGGAUGGAAGCCGUGGCUGCCUUACAGAGAGAGCUUUGGGACCUGAAGUCCAGCGCCUUUGAGCAGCAGCAGAUACAGAAUGAGCAAGAGAUAACGAUUAAGAAACUGGAGCAGCUACGCGUUCGGUUUGAGAUGGAGAUUGAGCGGAUGAAACAGAUGCAUCUGAAGGAUCAGGAGGACAAGGAGGAAGAGCUGGAGGAUGUGCGCCAGUCCUGCCAAAAGCGGCUACGGCAGCUGGAGAUGCAGUUGGAACAGGAAAGCGAGGAGAAGAAGAUGGUCCUCCAUGAGAAGCAGGAUUUGGAAACCCUCAUUGGAACACUCUGUGAACAGAUUGGCCAUCGAGACUUUGAUGUGGAAAAACGCCUCCGCCGCGACCUGCGGAGGACCCAUGCUCUCCUGUCCGAUGUGCAGCUUCUCCUGUCGAACGUUGAGGACUCCCAGACAACGGUCAGCAAGGAAGAGCUAGAGAAGGUUCACAUUAAGCUAGAAGAAAGUGAAGCCAAGUGUGCCGAAGCUCAGAACACUCAGAAGCUGCUGGCCCAGGACCUAGAGAACAUGCAUACUGAGCUGGAGAACGUUACCAGGAACAAGAAUCUGGUUGAUGAGCAGCUAUAUCGGCUGCAGCUGGAGAGAGCUGACCUCCUGAAACGUAUCGAUGAAGACCAGGAGGAUCUGAACGAGCUAAUGAAGAAACACAAAGAACUCAUCGCCCAGUCUUCCCAGGACAUUGUGCAGAUUCAGGAACUGCAGCUGAGCCUGGAAGAAGCAAAGAAAGAGAAGCAAAGCCUCCAGGAAAAGCUGCACAGCGCUCAGUCCCGCAUCGAGCACCUGGAGAAGACGACGGUGGAUCGCAACAUUGUCAGCCGUCAGGAAGCGUUGAUCUGUGACCAGGAGAACAAGUUGGAGUUCCACAAAGUCCAGAUUAAGAGAUUUGAGGUACUGGUGAUUCGGCUUCGGGACAGUGCGCUCAAGAUGGGUGAGGAGCUGGAGAAGGCCAUGAUCUCUGAGACUGAGCAGAAGGAGUCCUGCCAGUAUUACCAGAGGAGGAUGGAGGAGAUGAAAGCAGACAUGGCAGAGCUGAUGAAGCAGGAGGCAGAGACUAGCCGCCGGUGCCUUGAUCUGGAGAAGCAUGUAGAGGAGCUCCUGGCAGUGAAUCUGACAUUACAGGCUGACCUCGAGGUAUCCAUCCGGCGGAUUGCCGAUCUGCAGGCUGCCCUGGAAGAUGUGGACUCCUGUCCUAGUGAUGACAGUGUCCGGACGAUGCCGGAAUCCUCUCCUACCCAAGCCCGAAGAGAGAUAGAUGAUCAGUCCCUUCUGGACUCCUCCACAAGCUCUCAGCCAAUGGAAAGCAUCAGAUCCUGGCUGAGUUUGUCCCCAAGCCCAUCGCCGUCCAGGUCCAGCUGCACAGGGAGGAGUCCUUCGCAGCAGUCAGCCAACGGCAGUGGAAUUCUGGAUCAGAGGAUGCACCGAGAUGCCAGAGAUGCUGAGAGGAGCCAACCAACAUCUUUGAGGACUGAUGCCCAAUCUCUAGGGGAUAAAAGCUUUAUUGGACGACCCACUUCACCUUUCACCUUCCAGAGGCGAGACUACAGUAAAACUAUCGGAAGUGAGAGUUCUGAGACAUGGAGGGAUACAAUUAACAAAUCAAAGGGUCACUCAUCAAUGACAUCCCUGACUUUGGAAAAAAAGUUCCCAAGUUCCUCUUGGGCCCUUUCUGAAUUUAUUGAAGGAUUCCGGAGAAAACAGUCAGAGAAAGAGCAGGAUGCAUUAGGAGCAGAAGACUGGCCCACCUUACCCAUCUAUCAGACCACUGGCGCAUCUUCUCUGCGGAGGUCUUUGGAGACAGUGAGACUCCCAGAAAAGUCAUCUCUGGAAACUGAGGCAGAGAGUCCACGAUCUGGGCUGCUGAGGUCCACCAGCCUCAAGUGUCUCUCCUCCGACAAAUCUGACACUUCCCUUUCUUUGCCUGCUCCUCCAAAAUCAAUGUAUAGGUCUUGUGAUUCCCUCUUAGCGUCUGAGACCACAGAAGGCAGUUUCAGCAGGAGGCUGAGCUCACCAGUGGGAGACAGCCUGGGGAAGUUUGCCCAGUCUAAGUUGCGCAUUCGGAGGCCAUGCAUUGAUGCACCCCUAGAGGAAGUAGAGGACCCAGACCUGGGAAAAGAAUCCCUGGUCUUUCAGAACCGAAGGUUCUCCAACCUGCUGAAUGAGCCUUUGGAACCCGAUUCUCUGGCUUGGAAGCUGCCGAGAUAUGAACAGAAACCCAGAGUGAGUUUUGAUGACUAUGUCCCAGCCAUCCGAAAAUCCAACUCUCCCAUGAGAGCCAGGAGGGACAGAGGAGAUGACCUGAAGCCUGGGACCAGUAUGAAUAAGAGCGAGACUUCUUCAGAUUAUCUGUUCUCAGGAAGUAGCAGUGCCUUCCGGGAAAACUUGGAACCCAAGGAGGACACAGGCCACCUAUCUGACUCUUCAUCAUCUUCGAGCUCUGCGAUGUCAUACAGAAGCGCGGACAGCAUCAAGAGCCGCCCAGGAUCCCUAAAACGAGAUGAGGAGAGUGAUAGGAGAUCCCGAUAUGGAACAUCGAUGGAUGCUGAGAGGCAAGAUGAGGUGGAGAGCAUCAUGAAGAAAUAUCUCCAGAAGUAGGGAAUGGCGCAGCAUCCAGAGUCUUGAGUUCCUGGAGAGCUUCUCCUGCUGUUCAGCUUUUCGAAGAGAAAUACACAAGGGGCUCUGCAUCUGCCUGUCUGCAGGCGAUGCCACCGAAAAAUUUCCCAAUGGAUUCUGACAAGCCUGAGGAUUUAUUUUGUAAGAGGUGCUGGGGUUUGGACAGUGAUUUAUACACAAUAAAACCGAGGUGGCUUCUUUGAA